AUGCUUGACCGCCGGUGCCCUAAGCCUCGUGUCGGCCCCACCGACUCCCCUCCCGAAGCGCACGUAUCAGCCAGCCCUGUCGCCCCAGUGCCUGGGGAUCUUCAUCUCUUUAAAAUCUCUCUUUGCGCCGUCUUCCUUCCAUCUUCCUUUUCUUCCCUUCCCCUUCUCUUGUCCUCUUCUACCUUACUCUCCGCACCGGUAGCAGGUCAUCGAGAGGUAUCUAUUGGCUCUGCUCACACCCCAUCUCGAUCACCCUUCUUCUUACUUGAUCCUCUCUCGUGGAGACAGGACUUGGCAACUGUCUGA